AUGGGUCAUGCUGCCCAGAACUCUGCCAUUCAAAGUGAGCGCAAGGCAGCAGCCUUCCGAAAUCUCGGUCUUACGCAAGAUACGCGGGCUACUGUCGAACAAGUACUGGAUCCCAGGACUAUGCAAGUGCUCAGCAAGUUCUUGAAACGAGGUCUAUUCGAUGAGAUUCAUGGAUGUAUCAGCACUGGCAAAGAGGCCAAUGUUUACUACGCUACGACCAAUGAUGGCCAUGAGCGCGCUGUGAAGGUCUACAAGACGUCUAUCUUGGUUUUCAAAGAUCGAGCCAGAUAUGUGGAAGGUGAAUUUCGAUUCCGGCAGGGCUACUGCAAGGGCAAUCCACGCAAGAUGGUCGCGCAGUGGGCGGAAAAGGAAAUGAGGAAUCUCCGGCGACUGGGAGCAGCAGGUAUUCCAUGCCCAGAGGUGAUCGAUGUACGACAAAACGUGCUUGUAAUGGACUUCCUUGGUCACGACAGCACUGCAGCGCCCCGCUUGAAGGAUGCCGACGGCAUAGACGCUGCAGCGUGGGAGUCGCUGUACAUUGACUGCGCAGUUCUAAUGCGCAAGAUGAUGCAGCAAUGCAAGCUGGUACAUGGUGAUCUCUCUGAGUACAACAUGCUUUAUCAUGAUGGACAGCUCUACAUCAUCGAUGUGUCCCAGUCGGUAGAGAACGAGCAUCCGCAGGCAUUGGACUUCUUGAAAAGAGAUUGCGUGAAUGUCAACAACUUCUUUGGAAAGCGCAUGGCCUCCCGGCCUGUUCCAGUCAAGCGGUUGUUCGAAUAUGUUGUAACACGCGAACUCCCGAGGCUGGAAAAGCCUGAAGCUGCUGAAGUUCAAGAUGUACAGGCUUUUCAGGACAUCUUAAAAGCUGCAUCAGACGGUAAAUUUGACGAAGAUGAUGUGGAAGAUGAGGUUUUCAUCCAGACUUGGAUUCCAAGCAAUCUGAACCAGGUGUCCGAUCAACGAUACCUCGAACGAGAGCUUGAAAAAAGGCAAAGAGGAGAGGAGGUCCUCUACGAGCGACUUCUUGCUGACAAGAAAGCGGAUGAAGGUCAAUCUCAGUCGCAGGAGAGUUCUGAGAGUGAGGCAGAGGUUGACAAGCUGGAAGACGACCAGGUAGAUGAUGAAAGUGACUCUGAAGAGGGCAACAAGUGUGAUGGGCACAAGCCAGAUGGUGUAGACAAGGCGGAGUGGAAGAAAAAGGUGAAGGAAGAAAAACGCGAAAAGCGUAAGGAGAAGGUCCCAAAGGCAGGGAGGGUUACUCAGUGCUAA